AUAAAUCGGCCGGUAGCUGUGCAGAAUUUGUACGACCGAACAAAAGGACUCUCAACACUUGCCGACGAACAUUCUGCCUGGAUCGUUGAUGAGCACACCGUUGAAAUAACUCAUUUGGCUGGUAUACAAUCUCUAGAAGUGUUAAAAGUGUGUGUACAUGCCGAGAAGAAGAUGAGCACGAUACGGAUGGCGCUAAAGAUUCCUAUCACAAUUGCUACACUUAUCAUGCUGGUAUCACCCUCUGUUCGGCGAUCUACGCACACAAGUCUACAUAAAAUUAUUUAUACUCUCCUUACAAACAAUCUGUUUCAUCUACCUCUGCUCGAUUUCACCAGCGAACGGCUUUGCUGUGUAGCUUCUGAUGACGCUGGCAUGUGUAGCGCUGAGCCGAGUGAAACGAACAAUAGCUCCUACACAUCGAUUCUACCUAGCUGCAAAACUGCCGGACGCGACAAUGGAAUGGAGACAUGUGUACUUGGCAGUAAUAAGACACCGUUACAGAUGCUCGCGUUUCGCGAGGUGUGA